CCUUAUGAUAUGUUUACUUAUUCAACACAAUUACCACCCCUAAGCCAAGUGGGUCUCGAAACCAGUCGUUUCCUCGAUCCCUUACAAAUACCGGCCGACAUCUCGGGACACAUACAACUGUCAUCCACCUCAUCCACCAGUCUCUCUGAACCGACAAAUACUGCCGCCUCCCCACCCCAUACCUCACCAGCUCUGCCCACCGACACCGCCGUCUUGUCGCCCAACUCGACGUCCAGUCCCAACAUAAUCGACACAAAACCCAUUCUUACAAAUAAUGGACUCAUUGCUAGUGAUUCGCAUACAGACAAUCAAAUCAGUCCACCGGACAGUCCGUUCAAUUCCGACAGCAAUUUAAGUGUCGACGGAAGUGACGAUGAGAUGGACGGUAUGGGCGACGAUAUGCUGGACAUCGGCCGCAGAGACAAAGACGGCAAUUGUCUGCGCGACGGCUCACAGACCGGUCACAGUAGUGAACAAACGCCUAAAAAACGCAAACGACGGGUACUCUUCUCAAAGGCACAGACCUAUGAACUCGAGCGCCGCUUUCGGCAACAAAGAUACCUAUCGGCCCCCGAAAGGGAACACUUGGCCAGUAUUAUACGGCUCACACCUACGCAAGUGAAGAUUUGGUUUCAGAAUCAUAGGUAUAAGACUAAGAGAGCCCGACAAGAGAAAGGACUGGACAUGAAUCCGUUGCCAUCGCCCAGACGUGUGGCUGUGCCUGUACUGGUGCGCGACGGCAAGCCGUGCCAACCCGGCUCACUCAUGAAGCCGGGCCACCAUCACAUGGGGGGUCAGGACAUGGGCAACGGUAUGCCUAACAUAACGGCCGCCGAUUUAUCUCAACUACCGUCAGGCGCCCAAUGCAUGCCAUCGUUCAACAUGAAUGCCGUUAUGCCGUCAGCCUAUGGACACCAUCUCAUGCAUCAACACCCGUGGUGGUAGUGAAGGUGCC